AUGUCGGGCGCAAACCCGUGGCUCGUUCGCCAGCGCAAGAGCGACUUGGUCGAGCUCGCAGAGCUGACCGGACUUACUGGAUAUGAGAACCAGAAGAAGGUCGAUUUGGAGGCUACCCUCGAUGAGUACCUCACGGAAAACGCGUUCAAAUUCUCUACCGAGCCGAAGCUCACUCCCUACUACACGAGCCGCGCCAAGGCAGCCGGCUCACCCAUCAAGAGGGAGGCUCCUUCGUCGGAAGUUGUCAAGUCUGUGCGACGCAGGACUACGAGAGUCAUCGAGGAGAUCCGUCCCGAGCCUGAACCUGAAGAAGAGGAGGCUUCAUCAUCCAGCCCAGAGCCCGCCGCGGCCUCGACUGCCCUGGCUCUGCGAACGCCUGCCCGCAACCUCUCUCUCGCCAGCCGUAUUCCUCUGCCCGCAACCCCUGCCGACGUCGCUGAGGCUGUCGACCGCCACACAGUCGCCAUCCGGGAACGCGCCACAGAAUUGUACGACCAAUCCGGCAUCCAGGAGGGUACUCAGGCCGUUCGCUCCUCUCUGUCAACGGUCACCUCCAUCCUCUUCACCGUUGCUGCGUUCGAGGCGUGGAAUCUGCGCGCCGAGGUUCUACCCCUGCGCUACGCCUUCACUAUCCCGGCUAUCCCCGCGCUAGGCACCAGCUUCUACCCAGUUUACGUGCCCGACGCGUUUCUGUUCGUGACUUCGUCUUUCUGGUCCCCGGUUUCCCUGUGGACCCUGACAUCCGUCCUCAUUCCGUCCUUGUUCGGCUACUUCUACAACUUGAGCGCGGCUAGCCAUCCCCAGAGGCGCGAGGGCUCCGAACUCACGACAGUAGAGUACAAUGUCGAUCCCCUCGUCUUCAGCAUCGUAAAGGCUCUCAUUUCCUUCGUCGUUUACGGACAGAAGGUCACCUUUGGCGGCUGGAUUAACGAGAACUCGAUCGACCGCAUCAACGGUGCUUUGUACGGCGAAUGGAAGGGCAUCCUUACAGGCGCUGCCAUCACCGGUCUCGUGAGCUUGUACGACGCCGUCUUGAAGAAGUAG